AAAGUUGUCAAGUUUGCUUGAAUAUUUUUGCACAGGCAUGUAUGGUCACAUAAAAAUGCAGAUUAUUUAUAUGAAUAUGUCAACUGUUUUGCAUGUUUGGUGUAUUUCAGUGUGUGCUGACUCAGUCAUAUUGUUUUUCCAUUUAAAAAAUGUGUAAUAUCAAACCUCACAACCAGAAAUGAGCAAAAAGCUGUGAGAGAGGAAAUGGGUGAAAAUGUGAGAGUGAGUCAGAGUUCAACAAGUGAUCAUACUGCAUUAAAGAUGCUGACAUCUAAGUGUUUCACCUGUUUACAUUUGUGUGUGUGUGUGUGCGUGCGUGCGUGUGUGUGUGGUGGGAUGUGUGUGUGUGGUGUGACACUGUGUGCGUGCUUGCGUGGUGGGAUGUGUGUGUGCGUGCGUGUGUGUAACUCUAGUAAUCUCUACCAAACCCAUAUAUAUCAGCCAGCUAGAAAAAGUUAUUAAACAUUGCAAAUUAAAAGGCCCGGCCUUACACUUUCAGUCAAUAUCAAAGUUUAUCCUGACAAAGGUUUUUAUUUAAACUAGACUAUUCUGUGACAGAUCAGCGAAACAGAAGACUAAAGUAUAAAUUGCAUUUUAAGAGUCAAGACAUGAAGAUGUUUGCUCAGGAACGUCAUGGAACAGAUCACAGAUCACAGUUACGAAACUUGCCAGACCUUCAAGUUCUGACUUCCCCCUGAAACAUAAAAAGACACAAAAUCCCCGCGGCAGAAUUCGUCCACUCCUGCAGCUCUCGUGCGGUCAUGGCUAUGGAUGCACUGAUCCUUUUCUUUACUCUGACGUCUGCAGCGUGUCUGUGGAGGAACACACCUGUCCUCUCUCUCUCCGUCCCAGAGAGGGUGUCUGCCCUGGAAGGGUCGUGUGUGGUCAUUCCCUGCUCCUUCAGCCCCGUGUCCAGCACACAGGUGAUGGAAGUUCUGCUCAAGAAAUCUUCUUCCGUCUUCAAGCUGAAGAGAACGGUCUUCACCAGCCACCGCAGUGACGUCAUUCAUCCCGACUACAGAAACCGUGUGUCUCUCGCAGGAAACAUCAGCUCAGGAGACUGUUCCAUCAACAUCAGCAGAAUCAGAAAGGAAGAUCAGAACACGUAUGACCUCCAGCUGAGGGAACCGGGUCAAAGGUCACCGACUGCAGAAACAAACAUCCAUGUCAGCGUAUUGAGUACACCAGAUCCGCCCGAGCUCACUGACCCAGGACCAGUGAAAGAAGGCCAGCGGGUGACGUUGAACUGCUCCGUCAGGCUGAGCUGUCCAUCCGAGCGGCCCGGUCUGGUGUGGAGGUGGGAGCGUGGACAACAGGACGGCAGCAGUGUGCACGGAGACACGGAGCUUCAGCGUGAGCCGGGUCAGUUCCCGCUUCUCCAGUCCAGCCUCACCUUCACCGUACCUCAACACACAAACCCACGAGUGAGAUGUCAAGUCACCUACACAAACAACCGGAGAUCUUCGGCCGUCAGAGAGAUUCUCGUUCACUUUCCACCCAGAGACGUCACCGUUCAGGUUCAGAGUGUGUCUGUUCAGGUAGGAGGAAUGGCGCUGUUGGGCUGCACCUGUAAGGCUGAUCCGCCCGUAUCUGAAUAUCAGUGGACCAGCGUUCAGUCCGGGAACACCGUCAUUCUGUCCAGACGCACUCCCACCGUACGCAUCUACAACAUCACCCGAGACACACGCCUCCAGUGCACCGCCACCAACAGACUGGGACAGGCCACGUCCCGUCUCACUGCUCUCAAUGUUCAAUACGCACCGGUGAUCCUGCGUGACUCCUCCUGCGAGUGGGACGGGUCUCUGCUGUCAUGCGUCUGUGUCGUGGACUCAAACCCUCGUCCGGCCGUCACCUGGAGUGUGAACAGCAGUCACCUGCCCGACAGCUACAACGUUUCUUAUUCAUAUUCCAACUUCAUAUUGACGUCGACUCUCAGAGGGAUGUCUGACCCCGGGCUGCCCGUGGAAUGUUACGUCAUCAACUCUCUGGGCAACCACUCCCGGCUCCUGUUUGAGUCUCCGAACGGUCAACAGAAAUCAAUCCAUGUUUCUUUAACAUCCACUUUGACAUUGACAGAGGUGAUUUACUCAUCCUCCUCGUGUUUUGUGACAGGUGGUGUGUUAUGGCCUCUGAUAGCGUCAGCAGCAUCUGUUGUGUUUCUUCUCCUGUGUCUUCUGAUGUUCUUCUGCUGUUUCAGGACAAACAGACCGACAUACAGACCUCCUGCCAUCCAUGCGGAGAAUCUGGCCAUCUAUCGGGAGCGCGCGCCGCUCUACGUCAACUGCAGUGAAGUCACCAACAUCUACACCAACGGCAGUUAUCAGCUCAUCUAUCAGAACGACACGCCCAUCUUCAUACGGACUACACAGACACAUAAGAGACAAAGACGAGCAGCGAGACGACAGCGAGCACAGAAAGAGAUUGUGAUGUCAGCAGAUUCAGACACGGCCGUCUAUGUGGAGGUCAUCUGACUUCACAUGAACACAUGCACACGUGACAGAAUGAAACCUCUCAACACGUUUCAUUCUUACCAUGAUGUCAUGUUUCAUUUCUGUAACGUUCAAGAAACAGAAUCAAAGCAAAUGUUGCCGUCAUGUCAGCUGCGGCGUGAAGAAAGUACAGCAGUGUAUGAAAAGAAAACGAAUCAAACCCAUUUCUGUUCAAUACUCUGUCAGUAAAGAAUCUUCAUGAAAGAUCAAAAAACACCAUUUGUCUAUCAAUGUCUCUACAAAGAGUCAAAUGUGAGGACGACACUUCUUAAGAUGAUAAUAUUAUAAAUCAGUGGAUAUGUGCACAUUUUACUAAAGUACUCCACAGUGUUUUUCAUGUAUACCGUACAACUAACACAAACCUAUUCAUGUCCUUUCAAAUCACAUGUUCAAAUGUCCUAAAUGACAACAACAAAAUCAUUUCACUUCACUACGGACUGAAUUCAUGACCCAUUCAAACCUUCUCAAGAGAUGGACGAGCAUCAGAAGUCUCUUUCACUUCAUCUGAAGACAUCAGUACUUCAUGAAGAGAAACUCUAACAAAGAUAUCAUUGGACACUAGGAGACACUGAGUGGAUUAGAAGGAUGAAAGACGUUCAUGUUUUGAGUGUUGUUAAGGUGGAGUAUUUAUUCAUCGUCAUAAAUCCGCAGGCGGGAUGAUUAAUCCUCAUCUGCUUCACCUCCUGUGUUAGCCGCAUUGAUGCGUUACCGCCCUUCCACCACGGCGAGGUACAGGUAG